UGUAGGCCCGCAUGCGCUGUUAUGUCACCAGUCUGUCAGUCUUUGGCUUUUAUAAUACUAAUUUGCUCUCAUUGUUGCAGCGGAUGUCUCGCCUCCUCGUGAAUUAACAAAAGCUUUGAGAGGGUAUCCCAGCAUCGCCCGGCUGUCUCCCGGGGAAACGUCCCGGGUAAACAAGAGAACAAUCUCCGCGCAACCGGGCGGGCAGCAGCAGCUCUCGUGUUGUGAUUGCAGAAAUUGGCGGGCGCGAAACGUCCAUCCACCUCAGAGAAAGACAGUUUGCUAAGCGGUUUGCUAAAAGAAAAUCUCUUACAUUAAGUUUAAGUCAAGUUGCUAAAUAGGUAAAAAUGGACUUUACAGUGGCAUAAAAUAUAUUUGUGUUUGACUGACGAGCUCAAGGACUGAGUGAUGGAUAGGAAGGGAAAUACGCGGCGCGCCACUUCGGCUGGGUACCGUUUACCGGACCGACCUAAUGGUCCUCUCGCCUCUCAGUCUUCGGUCUCAGUGUUCAGGCAAUCAGCAGGCAGGACACGAAACACCGGUGAGACACCGGCGCAAGACGAUGAUACCCGAGAUCCGGUAAAGCAGGACCAGGUUUGGAGAGAGUUUGUGCGCGCUGAGCGAACCGGUGUGAAAGAAUGGGAGAAGAACUGGAGUUUCCUGAUGAACUUUGACCAGCUGGGUCAUCCGCGUACAGAAACUCCUCUCCCCAACUCUGUGUCUUUAUACUCAGACAGAGUCCCAAACACCAGUAACCAAAUGUUCGGCAGCGGCCUGUACACUGAGCUGGGCAAAGAGCUGAUACGCUUGGACAAUCUGCUAACCCUGACAGCGAACCACCGCAAGGCCAAAAGAAAUCCAGAGAUGCAACCCUGCUGAGGUUUACCAGGCACAGGAUGUGUUCAAAACACUCUCCAGUGUAUUAGCAGUGAUUUGUUGCUGCCUCUAGAGAACUUCCCUUGGGUUGUUCUGUUUGUCUUGCCUUUAUCUAUAUACAUAGACAAACUCAAGAGUGUUCAGUGGGUGACAGUUUGUUUUUUGGAUAUAUUUUUACUUUGGACAGCCCAGACACCAGCUGCCAACCUGUGUAUGUUUGCUGUUUGUUUUAACAGUGUGCUAGAUUUUGUGUUGACAUCUCUUAGAGUACUGUAAUAUGCUGGUGAAGGCAGUAAAUACGACCUUGUUUUUGGAACAUACUAUUUGCAUAUUCAUUUUCAUUCAUUAAAA